GCGGGACCAGUCCUCAAUGGCGCGUGUGAAGCAGGGCCAGUCGACCCGGUUGAUGCCCGGCACGAUGGGUACCAGCUUUCCCUCGCGGCACCUGUUGCGGAGUCUCUGGCCCGUCGCCGUGACGUCCUGCCAGGGUGAUAUGAGGUGCAAUUUCCCUGAAGAGUUCCUAGAAAUCAAGACAAGAAGAAUGAGCCAGCCGUAUGCAUAGGUGUCAGGAUGUUGAGCUGGGUCCAGAGGGUGCUGCCUCAGCCCCCAGGGACCCCUCAGAAGACCAAGAUGGAGGAGGAGGAGGAGGGGGCAGAACCAGAGCCAGAGGUGGUACCGGAACCAGAGCCGGAGACUGAAACCGCCCCCAAGGAGGCUGAGCGAGGCGACGAAUCCCUGCCACCUGAAGAGCCGUUGGAGGGGAAGGAAUUGGCUGCAGCUGACCCAGACUCUCAGGAAAUCGGGGAGGCUGUCCCUACUCUGCCUACAUCCCUCCAGGCCCAGGUCGCCGUGGUUCCCGAAGUGAACAGCAGUUCCAGCGGGUGGGUGCUGAGCUGGCUCAAGAAGGGCAUGGAGAAGGUCAUCCCACAGCCCGUCCCCAGCAGCGGGCCAGCCCAGGGCACUGCUGCCGGCUCGGAGGCCCCUGCUCAGGCAGGAGCACAGACGUCUGGGCAAUGCAGCGCUGGGGGCUCAGGUGGACUCGGGGAGGCCCCUGGGGCCCAGGACACCAGGUCUGGGCCCUGGCUGCUCAGGUGGCUUGAGCAGAAUCUGGAGAAAGUGCUGCCUCAGCCCCCAGAAACCUCCAAGGACUGGAGAGAUGAGCCUACAGAUGCUGCCUUGGGCCCAGAGCCCCCAGAACCCACCUUGGAAACGGAGACUGUGCUGCAGGCCCCGGAGAGCCCCUGCCUCCCCACGACUGGCCCCCCGGAAGCCAAGGAGGAGCUGACCUCAGAACCCCAGCCCAGCUCCCAGGCUUCCUCCCUGCUGCCCCCCGGCGACCCCGCCAGGUUGAUGGCUUGGCUCCUGCACAGGCUGGAGAUGGCCUUGCCGCAGCCCGUGCUCCACGGGAAGGCUGGGGAGCAGGAGCCUGACUCCCCUGGAACAUGUGACGUGCAGACGAUCUGCAUCCUCCCCGGAGGCCAAGAGGAGCCUGAUCUCAUCCUAGAAGAGGUUGACCCUCACUGGGAGGAGGACGAGCAUCAGGACGGUGGCAUCAGCCCGCAGGGCUCAGAGGCAGCUCCAGCUUAUGAAGAGGAGAACGAGGCUGUGGAGAUGCCCAGGGAACUGCCCCGGAUUCAAGAGGAGAGAGAAGCUGAGGAGGAGGAUGGAGAGGAGGAGGAGGAAGAAGAGGAGGAGCCAAAUGUCCUGCUGGAUAGCUGUCUGGUGGCGCAGGCUGGCGAGGACCUGAGCGAAGUAGGCAGGAGCCAGCCCCAGAGGGCCUCGCCCCAGGAGCUGCAGGAGGAGGCCGUGACUGUCAGCCCAGAAGUGCCUGCUACAAAAGAGCAUCCGGAAGUGCAGGUGGAAGAUGCUGAUGUGGACAGCCACCCCCUCAUUGUGGAGAAUCCACCCUCACCCGAGCUGCCACCACCUUCUCCUGCCAAAUCCGACACCUUUGCAGUCCUGGGAUCUGCUGCAGAGACUGAAAGGAAGAGGCUGCCCUCCCAAGAUGAUGAGGCUGAAGAGCUCAAGGCACUGUCACCAGCUGAGUCCCCCAUGGUCCCCUGGUUGGACCCGGCCAGCCCACAGGGCGCUGAUGGCCAAGACCGCGCAGUGUCCGUGGCCAGCCAGAACAGCACCAUCAUCAACAACCGGCUCCAGGAGCUGGUGAAGCUUUUCAAGGAACGGACAGAGAAGGUGAAGGAGAAGCUCAUCGACCCUGACAUCACCUCCGAUGAGGAGAGCCCUAAGCCCUCCCCGGCCAAGAAAGCCCCAGAGCCGGCCCUGGCAGUGAAGCCGGCCGGGCCGGACCAGGCGGAGGAGGAGCACUAUUGCGACAUGCUCUGCUGCAAGUUCAAGCGCCGCCCGUGGAAGACGUACCGGUUUCCCCAGAGCAUCGACCCGCUGACCAACCUGAUGUACAUCCUGUGGCUGUUCUUCGUGGUGCUGGCCUGGAACUGGAACUGCUGGCUGAUUCCUGUGCGCUGGGCCUUCCCCUACCAGACGCCAGACAACAUCCUCCUCUGGCUGCUGAUGGACUAUCUGUGUGACCUCAUCUACCUCCUGGACAUCACCGUGUUCCAGCCUCGCCUGCAGUUUGUCAGAGGGGGAGACAUCAUUAUGGACAAGAAGGAGAUGCGCAAUAACUACCUGAAAUCUCAUCGCUUUAAGAUGGACAUGCUCUGCCUCCUGCCCUUGGACUUGCUCUACCUGAAGUUCGGUGUGAAUCCCCUCUUGCGCUUGCCCCGCUGUUUGAAGUACAUGGCCUUCUUCGAGUUUAACAGCCGCCUGGAAUCCAUCCUCAGCAAAGCCUAUAUUUACAGGGUGAUCAGGACUACGGCUUACCUGCUGUACAGCCUACACAUGAACUCAUGUCUGUAUUACUGGGCGUCAGCCUAUGAGGGCAUCGGCUCCACUCACUGGGUUUACGAUGGCGUGGGAAACAGUUACAUUCGCUGUUACUACUGGGCUGUGAAGACCCUCAUCACCAUUGGUGGGCUGCCUGACCCCAGAACGGUCUUUGAAAUCAUCUUCCAGGGGCUGAACUAUUUCACGGGUGUCUUCGCUUUCUCUGUGAUGAUCGGACAGAUGAGAGACGUGGUGGGGGCCGCCACAGCUGGGCAGACCUACUACCGGAGCUGCAUGGACAGCACCGUGAAGUACAUGAACUUCUACAAGAUCCCCAGGUCCGUGCAGAACCGGGUCAAGACCUGGUACGAGUACACCUGGCAGUCCCAAGGCAUGCUGGACGAGUCAGAGUUGAUGGUGCAGCUUCCAGACAAGAUGCGUUUGGACCUCGCCAUCGACGUGAACUAUAACAUCGUCAGCAAAGUGGCUCUCUUCCAGGGCUGUGACCGACAGUUGAUCUUUGACAUGCUGAAGAGGCUCCGUUCUGUCGUCUACCUGCCCAACGACUACGUGUGCAAGAAGGGGGAGAUAGGCCGAGAGAUGUACAUCAUCCAGGCGGGACAGGUGCAGGUCUUGGGUGGCCCCGAUGGGAAGGCUGUGCUGGUGACGCUGAAGCCUGGAUCUGUGUUUGGAGAAAUAAGCUUGCUGGCUGUUGGGGGCGGGAAUCGGCGCACGGCCAACGUGGUCGCCCACGGGUUUACCAACCUCUUCAUUCUGGACAAGAAGGACCUCAGUGAAAUUUUGGUGCAUUAUCCCGAGUCUCAGAAGUUACUCCGGAAGAAGGCCAGGCAAAUGCUGAGAAAUAACAACAAGCCCAGGGAGUCGAAGAGCGUGCUCAUCCUGCCUCCCCGGACAGGCACGCCCAAGCUCUUCAAUGCCGCCCUGGCCGUAGCAGGAAAGGUAGGCGGCAAGGGGACCAAAGCCAGCAAGCUUGCCCACCUGAGGGCCCGGCUCAAGGAGCUCGCUGUGCUGGAGGCAGCUGCGAGGGAGCAACAAUUGCUGGAACAGGCCAAGAGCUCGCAAGACGCUGCGGGAGAGGCGGGCCCGGCCGCCCCCGAGCAGCCCCCAUCGCCUGAGCCCCCGGCCCCGCGCUCUCCGCCACCUGCCUCCCCUGGGAAGCCCGAGGAAGGCGGGGAGGGGGAGGCCAGGCCCGAGGAGCCCUCGAUGCGGAUCUGCAUGAGCCCGGGCCCGGAUCCCGGUGAGCAGAUCCUGUCGGUGGAGAUCCCGAAGGAGAAGAAGGAGGCCGAGUGAGGAGGCCCCCAGCGCGCCACUCCCGGCAGGGCGGGUGCAGGCGCGUCCUCCCCGCGCCCCAGGCCGGUCCCCAGCCCCGCGCCGGCUUGCGCAGGCCCAGACUCCCCGGGCACAGAGAGUCUGUCAUUCCUGCCCCCCGACAUCGGCUUCUGCCGGGGCUGGUCUUGAAGUCUACAAAUGUAGUGUUCCUGUCCCUAAGUUCCCACCGUCAUCUGAGAACCCUACCUCUCCCAACUAUGAUUUUUAAGAACAAAAUUCUUUUCUGUUUUAAAAGUUUAUAGGCAGAGCAGAGAACGGGGCUCCAGCACCUGGGAAGCUCUGUUGGCGGCUAAGGGGUUAUUACUGGAUGUUUGAAUUUCAUCUCCCACAUUUCAAGGAUAGAAAACUUGCUAGCAGAUGGGGCACCUGGCUGGCUCAGUCCCAUGGGGAAUACGACUCUUGAUUGCACGGUCCUGAGUGCAAGCCCCACGUUCGGUGUAGAGAUUACUUUUUUUUUUUUUUUAAGAUUUUUUAUUUAUUUAUUUGACAGAGAGAGACACAGCGAGAGAGGGAACACAAACAGGGGGAGUGGGAGAGGGAGAAGCAGGCUUCCCGCUGAGCAAGGAGCCCGAUGCAGGGCUCGAUCCCAGGACCCCGGGAUCAUGACCUGAGCCCAAGGCAGACGCUUAACGACUGAGCCACCCAGGCGCCCCGAGAUUACUUUUUUAAAAAACCUUGUCAGCCAAAAGGACAGUUGUGCCGUUCAUUUGACUAAAUGGGAAUUACGGCUCACCUGACCUGAUGAUCCAUGCUGGGCAGUCACAUUAGGGAUCUUGUGCUGGUUGGGGUGGUUAGCAAGGAUCUUCCCCAGGCUGUUCCGAGUCGGAUGCCAGUAUGGAAGUGGGCUUCCUGGCCACCGUAACUGUGAGCGAUUCUGGGCACCCCUACGGGUCCCUCAGGUCUGGUCUGCGGGGCUUGAUGCUUGCUUGCUUUUGACACCCCUGCUAUAGAGAUGAGGGUAGCAACUUCCAUUACUCCUAGGAGACAGAAAUCACCGCUGACACCACUGACAGUCCUGAAGGUUCUCCAGAUCAAGUCAUGUUGCUGUAAUGAUUCAAGAUAAAAGGGGGGUGGGGUGGGGAGGAGUCAUUCCGUCACUGAAUAUUGGGAGGAUUUUAUUUGCAUACCUAUUGGCUCUUGGGGCAGUGGGUGAUUAACAACAAAAACUAGUGUUGGACUAUUUGUUUCCACCAGCAACAAUGAACACAAAAGGCCCGGAAUUCCAAUAGAUACUGCCCACUUUAUAUAAAAUCACAGGACCUUGCGCCACUGCACCAGGGGCCUUUGAGGGCUUGCAAAUGUUGUGUAUUUGUCCAUCAGACUAAAAGCAGAACAUUCAUUUCCUCUGUGAAAAAAUGACACAAUAUGGGAGUUGCCAGGCUGCUCUAAACAUUUCCAAAUCCCAGGGUAAUAGAUUUAUCUAGUUGAUGACAUGCCACAUGAUCUGAGUAAUCACCACAUUGAAUAUAAUGAUGAGCGGCAUGAUUAUAGCCGCUUAAAAAGCUUUUAUUAAUUUACUUUAAUAGCUAAUAACAUAUUUUCAUAGGUACAAAAGGCUACCCAGUUAAAAUGAUCUCUCCUACCCCUGGUGCCCAACGUCCGUGGUCCCCUUCCUGGAGGCAAACCACUACAUCAGUUCCUUGUACCCUUCCUUUUUUCUUUUUUUUUUUUUUCUUUACACAAAUAGUAACAUACUAGAGCUGCUGUUGUUUUGCAUUUGAUUUAAUUUGAAGAUCCUCCCUUAGUACAUCAAGGGCGUGCUGAUUUUUCAUGCCUGCAAUCUGGUCCAUUGUAUGCAAAGACCAUAAUGUUGAAUUGCUCUCCACGGACAGGCAUUUGCAAUGUUUCCAGUCUCAUGCUGUUAAAAAAAAAAAAAAUAAUAAUGCUGCAAUACACAAAAAUCUUAUACAUACUUUCAUACAGUAAGCACUGUUUUUAAAUAGGGGAAGUCUGGAAGUUUGGGCUAAUUUUUGUCUUCACCAUCUCCAUUUAGCAUACUCAUAUUUGCACUACGUAUUCUAAGAUCCAAGCAUAGAGAAUGCUUCCAUCUUUAGCCAAGGAUUUCAGAUAUAUCAAUAAAGUUCAUGUAUUACCCUGCAGUAGAUGGCACAAUAUUUCAAAGGCACCUUUACUGUGAGAUCCUAUUUUAUAAGGAAUCUUUUUUUUAUAUGAACACACUCAUUCUUUUAGAUAUCAACCCUUGAAUAUAUACUGCUUAUUAUAUGAAGCGAGAGAUUCUUGAGGCUCCCAAGAAUUGUCCCAGAAAGAAAAUUGAUUUUGAAAUGAGAUUAGUGGUGUCUUAAUUUCACUGUGAUAUUUCAUUAAACUUGAUGCUUUUGCGAAAGUUGGACUGUAGAUAAAUUGAAUUUGAGGCUAGCGUUAUUCUCCAAAUAGAAUUGGACUGGUUAGUCACCAAGGUACGGAUGGGACAGCUCAGAAUACUGUAAUUUUGCAGUAUCUGAAACAGAAUCUUUAUUUAUGUGUUUGAAUCUGUACCGAUUUCAAAUGUCUCCACGUUUCCUGUACUGUGGCAGAAAAUGAAUAGCAAACUAUUUUUUUUAACUAUACAGAUAUUUUAAAUAAGAUGAAAACCAAGAAGCUGUGUAAAAUUUCAUUAUCAAAAUGUGUUUGGCUACCUGGAAUAUUUUCAUCUGUUUUCUUAGCAAACAUGAACACUGUUCUUAGAUGCUGGCUUUCAUCCUAUUACAAUGCAUUUUAAUUAAAGUGUUUAGACAAAUGUUCCUGGCUUGUGGAUUCACUUCAGAAGUUGACCAUGUGUGACAGACCCUUUGGUGAGGAAAACUAGGUUUGUUUCCUGGUUCGGGCUCCUCUUAUCUGCAAGUGACGUCCUUGGGGCUGUCAUCCAUCCUGCAUUCCUGUUGCUGGAAGGACAUCCUUGUGGCACACCUCUCCAUGGGCCCUAGGACUCGAAGACCCUCAAAAACAGCCCCCUUAUGUCUGGCCAAACCCUAUUGGUCUCACCAAGCCAACUGCUUAUGAUGACCCAACUCCAUUAGACUUGUCCAAUGAUGUAGUGUGCUGAUGAACAUGGACUCUGGAUUCAGACUGCCCAGCUUCCAAUCCUAGCUUGACCAUGGACCCCAGAUGACCAUGA